CCACCUGAAGACUCCACUAUAGCCAGCGAGCCUCCCACCUGAAUCCCCACAGCUUGUUUCAUGCACCAAGCUUUGCUUAAGCCUAGACCUACACACUUGUAAACCGAGUCAAAAACACAGCUUUUUGAAUUGCCACCACAGUGCAAAUUAGUACUCGAAGCCCGUCGAGUUCUAUAGCUCUCUGCUCACGCUCUUUGGGUGAUAGACGUGUCUGACACACACUUAGGCUAGCAGAAAGUUAAAGUAUCAGCCUAACGUCUUAUAAAGUCUACAGAAAACGCAACCAUGGAUGGUCCGCAGCGGGGACGCCGCGCCCACAGCCAGCUUUGAGCUUAGCCCCAGCACAAAAAGGUAGCACCUUACGGAGCUGAUGGCACUUCCACCAUUGCCCGGCGCACGGAGCACCAGCCCGGGUGGGGACCACGCGGGUGCCUCGCGCCCAGGCAGCAGCGGCCGCGGCGCCCUCCGCGCCAGCGCCUCCAUGGCCGCAGGCGCGCUCAGUGAAGCGCCCUCUCCCAGCGGUGGUCACCACCCGAACCCCCGAAGUGGCUACGCCAGCGGCGCCAGCAGCCCCGCGCCCGGCGCCGUCGGAGGACUACACGCUCAUUACACGGGAGGCACGCUCACGGCCUCGCCCUCCAUGGCCUCUAUGCCGGGUGGCGGCGGCGCCAGCGGCGGCGGCUCGCCCUCUCGGGCGGGUCGCUCCUCGCGGCACAGCUCUGUGGCUUCGCGCAUAGACUCCGGGCCGCGCAAGCUGACGCAGGCGCAGCAGGUGGAGCGGCUGCACGUGCAGCUGAUGGAGGUGCUGCGCAGCGAGUGGCGCAGCAUCAAGACAACAAACCUGGGCGUGCUGUCGGGCACGGCGGUGGUUGAGGAGCUGCUGCUGCGCCGCAUCAGCGCCUGGGCGCGCGAGCUGCACAUGCUGGCCAUCACACACGCCUCGGCCUCGGAGCGGCUGGCGGCGCUGUGCCGGGGCAUGAGCACGCAGGAGCUGCAGCAGCUGCAGGUCAUGUUUGACGUGACGGGCCACCCCGAGCUGUCCGACUACUGCCGCCUGGUGGUGUACAACACAGCCGACCCCAACGCCAAGGCGGUGGUGGGCGACCUGCGGGCGCUGAGGGCAGCCAGCGCGGCGCGACGAUCCCGGAGUACGCCCAGCAGCCGCCGGAGAGCGCCGCCGCCACCACCGCCGCGCCCAUACAACCCAUACGCCGAAGACCCGCACGCGAUGCGUUUCGCGGGCCUGCUGCCUGAAAACCACCGCCUGGUGUCGGGCGCACACGCGGCGCGCGACCGGCGGCUCAGAGAGGAGGAGGAGGCGCGGCGGGCUGCGGAGGCAAGGGCGGCGCGCGCACGGGCGCGGGCGGAGGCAGCGGAGGGGCGGGACGGCGCCGCGGCGGGCUCUGAGGCGGAGGGCGACACAGAGGCGGAGCGGCGAGCGGCGGAAGCCUCGGCACGUGCGGCGCUGCUGCACGCGCGCAACCCGGCGCCCGAGGUGCUGCCGUACUACCUCGCUGACGUGGAGGACCAGUGGCGUCGCACGGUGCUCAAGCGCGGCGUGGUGGGGGCCGGCGGCGCCGCCGACGCCUCCCUGCCCGCCUCCGAGGGCGUGUUCGACUCCUGCAUCAUGCUGGCGGAGCCGCUGCCGCCGUACGAGGCGCCGCCGGAGGCGGCGCGGCUGCGGGCGGAGCAGGAGGAAGAGGAGGCGGCGGCCGCGGCGGCGCAGGCGCAGGCGCUGGCGUUCGGGCUGCCUUCGUCGCGCGGCACGGCGGGAGGGAUGCUGUCGAGCAUGAGUACCAUGGCGUCGGUGCGGGCCGCUCCGCCGACGCCUGCGGGACCGCAGAGGGCAGGCACGAUAGCGGCGCCGUGGAGCGGACCUGGCACACCGGGGCUAGGCGCGACCCGGUCAGGGCCGCAGCCGGCCAUGUCGCGGCACGGCAGCGCGACGGGCGCGUUGCCGGGCGCGGGGCUGAGCGGUGUGGGCGUUGGUGCCGGCUCUCAAGAGGGGAAUGGCAGUGGCGCUGGCGCGGGUGCGGGCUCGGGGGCUGCCGGGGCAGGGGCUGGAGCGGGACAGGGCACCGGGGCGGCGGCAGCCGCGGGGGGCGGGGCAGGGCCGUCGAGGUUUGCGGGUGGCAGCAGGGCAGGCUCACGUCCGCCUCCCGUGGCGGUACCGCCGCAUCAGGAGGCAAGCACCUAAACAGCUGAUGCUUGGUUAGACUGCUGCAUGAUGAUGCUCGUCCACUUCGUGUGCGCCGUUUUUGUGUUACGGAGGGGUGACCGAGAGGCAGAGCUUGGGCGGCAUGGAGUGUGUGGUGUGGCAAGAGCGCAUUAGUGCAUUACUGCACUGCGGAUGUUAUGCAUGUGUGUAUGUGCAUGUGUGUUGGCAUCGUGGUCAAUGCUUGCAUGUGUAGUGGCUGUGAAAAUAAGCCUCAAUUGUUUUGUCUUGGCUGUGCUGCAGCAAGUCUGUCUGGGUGGAUAGGCUUGGGCGUCGUGGCGUGUGGAGCCGCCGACGCCUCUGCUGUAUGACGUGUGUGCGUCUACUUGUCUGCUGCGCUCCUGAGCACUCCCCUUGCUGCGGGUGUGCUUGCGCCUUGUGGAUUGCGCUUGCGCCUUGUACGGUCAGUCUCGGCGGGCGACACCGGUGUCACCGGUCACGGCUCACUCCCGUUACCGGGAGUGAGCCGUGUGGGGGCGCGUGCUGGCGCCGCGCCGUGCCAUGUGCGCUGGUUGCAUGGGCGCACGCACCUACUAUCCCUGGGUACUGCAUUCAUGUAUAGCUUGUAAGACGAGACUGGUGCGCGGGAACUGAAGAGGAGGUCUAGGUAUCUAGAUAGCAUGGACGAGCAGGAGACGUGUGAGCCCGUGCCAGAGGUCAUACAAGGCGUGGGCUUCUCACGAGGGCAUGGGGGCAUGAAUGCUGAUCGACCGCUAAAGGCCGUCUGGAAGACUGCGGCGGCUGGGCGCGCGCCAUACACAGGCCGUGUCAGGGCGACAGUACUGCGUCCUACUGGAGGGUGCCGGCGUGCCUUCACUCAGAUUAUGGAUGAAUGCAGACUGCGAAACGGGUGGCGGCCGUUGCUGGGCGGCUUGAUUGGGCCCGGCCUUGUAAGAGCAAGCUCAGUCAGACGCCUGAAGGUCCCGGACAUCAUGCUGGCUGCAGAGCAGCACCUACGUACCCGCCGCCCGCGGGCCGAGUAAAAGUGAUGUAAAUAACGCCGCAA